AUGCUUGAACAUAGACGUUAUAAAUUACUUAUGGAUAUGCCUCCACUUAAAGGAAAUGAACCAGAAUUUGUUCAAAAAUGUUAUACUCAAUGUAUGGAAAUUCGUAGACAACUUCCUUCGCUUUUUAAGAAGAUCGAACCUUUGCCGACUUUUAUUAUGGAACGAUAUAAACAAAAAGUUAAGCAAAGUAAAGGACCGGGCAAAAUUUUAUUUCCAAUGGAUCUUCGAGAAUCUCAAAGUCAACCAAUUUUGCCCCUUCGAAUCAAAAAUAGUCCUCUUGUUGAUGGUGACAAUCUUCCCAAAUUUUUUGCUAAAUCUGUUGAAGUUACGUCGGCUCUUAGAAAGAGAAGUCUAACAGGCCGUUUCUCCGUUUCUGAUGAAGAUAAUGAACAUUUUGAAGAAUUACCUUUGACUAUUGCUACGCCGAGAAAACGUCAACGAUUAUUCCUUUUUGAUUCAUCAUUAGGAGGGGCUGUAGCUACUCCAUUGACGGAACCUGAGAAGGAAACUGUCAAAACUUCUCCAGUAAUUUGUGAAGAUUUACAGAAAGGUUGUGUCAAUGCCAAGGAAUGGGACAGAAUCUCUAAAAUUACACAGACGCCUUUAUCUUUGCAAAGAAGCAUAAAUCAAUCAAGGUUACCAGGACGGAGCAGAAUUGGUUCGGCACGUACUGCGCUCUUCCGAGAUGAUGGACAUAAGCUUGUGGCUCUUCAGAACGAUGGGACAUUAACUCCAAUAAAAGCAAGAGAUCAAAAUGCAGAGAUUUCUCCAGAACCAAAUAUUGUGCGCGCACAGCCUCCUUCAAUUCUAAAAUCUGAUAAUCGAAAAUCGCGAUUGCCGUCAACCGCAAGAUCCGAGAAACCAAAAAUUCGUUUUUCUCAGUCACUCUUUACAACAGAACGUAUUCCUUCAAGAUUCGAAAAGUUUGUUAAAAAUAUUUUAUUGUGGAUUAAUUUUACGAAAUUAAGGGAGACAGAAGAAAUGAAAAAUACAUCAUUUACAAAUUUUGCCGAAUUCUCGCCAACUGACUCAUCUCCGACGUCAUCUCGAUCUGCUGCAUCUCGAUCUGCUGGGCCUGGGACAGACACCAAAAAAGAAACCACUCCAAAAAAGAAAGCAAAGAACAAAACUCCAUCUCCCCAGAAAAUUUUAAGGCGAAGUCCACGCCGCCAUAGGUAA